AAUCUCGUACGUGGAAGACGUAUUAUGCGCAGUAUAGUCUCAAUUGAAUAUUCCUAGAUCGUUGAAACGGUUUAAUUUCGAUCGAGAUCGCGAUUAAAUUAUCAAAAAAAUCAUAUGGUUAUUCAAUAUUAUAAAUUUUAUUAAAUACGAGAAAGUGACGAUCGUGAAAUUAAAGAUCAAUCGAAGAGAUUGAGAUCACGUUUUAUCAGAUAUCUUUCAAGGAUUAAUCCUUUGAAUUGGAGUCCCUCGUCAAGGAUUCAAGGCGAUAGACACCACGGAUGACGUUACUUAUUGUGAAGUAGAAAGAGAAGAAGGUGGAAGAGGAGGAAGAGAAAGAAAAAGAAGAGCAGCCGCUAAGUGCGAUAGACUGCGCAUUCGCGAAAAGGGGAAGGACGAACGACACAAAGAGAAAGAUAUAUAUGCGUAUACACGUACACAUAUACAUAUAUAUAUAUAUAUAUAUAUAUAUACAUAAAGAAAGGGAGUAAGAGAGAGAGAGAUAGGGAGACAGAGAGAUACUAAGAGAGAGAGAGAGAGAGAGAAAGAGAGAGAGAGAGGGAGACAGAGAGAAAAGGGGUAGGAUCGUUGGUGUAGAGGGCGCAUGCGCAGAGAAUUUCCCGGGAAUCGGGUCUUUCCGGGUCUCCGACACGGAUUUCCCACUUUCGUUCGUCACUUGAGCGCCCGAGUCGGCGACGUGCGAGACACGGCAACAGGUGACGAAUAUUCGCGCCGGAGAGUUUAUUAUCAAGAGAGAGAGAGAGAGAGAGAGAGAGAGAGAGAGAAAAAGAGAGAGAGAGAACAUUUCAAUCUUCUCGAUAAUCGAUUCUUCUUACUCGCAAGAAAUUCAACGAUAAUUUCAUUUUUCGAGAAAAUUGUUCAUUCUCCUCGUUUAUUUCUUGAUAUUCUCUUGCUCUAAAAUUUCACGAAAAACGAACGAACGAACGGAAAGGAAAAGAAGAUUUUUGUUUGUUAAUUAAAUCAAUCUGAUCUAACGCAAAAUGAGUGUCGACGACGUGAUCAACUAUAAGCCUGACGAGGACGAGGAUCUUUACGCUCUUCUAUCCUGCGAUGAGUCAGCGACGGUCGAGCAAAUCAUAGCAGAGUACAAGGCACUAGCCCUACAGUAUCAUCCUGAUAAAAAUGCUGGUGACAAGGAAGCCGAGGCAAAAUUUCAAAAACUUAAAAAUGCCAAAGAGAUUCUAUGCGACCCAGAAAAGAGGAGCAACUACGACAAGUGGCGGCAUAGCGGUAUUUCCAUUAGCUACAAGCAGUGGCUUGGCAUGAAGGAACACGUUCAUCAAUCGAUGCAUUGGAGUACACCAAAAACGAAGGACCGGAUGUUGCCGGAUGGAAGUACCGUUGGUGGUGGAGGGGGAGGUGCCGAGGGUUCACCAGGUCAUGUAAAAGGUCAGGCCCCGAAUGCUCACAGAAGGGCCAGCGAGGGUGGGGCUAACAUUUACUAUGGUGCUCGGCGUGACAUCGAGUGGGACUCGCAGGCUUCGAGCGAGGUCGUCAACAAGUUUCGUAACUAUGAGAUCUAAAAUUUUGAGAUCUAUAGAAGGACGACGAUCGUUUAUGGAGGAUCCUUCCUUUUUCGUAUCGCACAGGAUCAAGCUCGAUCGUUACAUAAUUCUAAUUAUCUCUCUUGCUCUCUGUUUGACAAUGAAGAUGAUUCUUUCCAACAAUAACAACAACAAUACAUCUAUACGUAUACAAGGUGUUCUAUUUUAAUCGAUUAACGUUAUAAUCGUUGUAUGUAAAAUAAUCUUUAAUGGUGUUGGAAAGAAGUCGAUUAAUUAUUCUUUUUUUUUUAUAUUUUCUAAUUAUAAUUUUUCAAUUGACUUCAAUCGAAAGAAAAUCGAUUUAAAUGGGACACCCGUAAUAUACGAGAAAGGAGCGCCGUAUUACACGUACAUACACAUAGACAAACACACUUAAACGUAUACAUACCUCCUUGUGCAUUUAUCGUUCAUCACUGUCCAACCAACAGCAGGAAAAUGGCUCGGAAGAUGAUACUAAGGACGUCUAAUUUUUUUUCUCCUAUGUCGAGAACAAUUUAUUUAUAUUACUUUUUUCUUUCUUUUUUCUCUUAUCUUUUUACUUGUUUUUUUAUUCUCUCAGGAAAAAUAAUCUUGAUAAUUUAAAUGUCCAAAAUAUAUUUUUUUUCUUCCAAGAGAAUUUGCUCCAGCAAAUCGUUUCUUCGAAAAGAAUGAUUAUCGUGAACCCUUGAGGGACAGAAAUAAAAAAAUAUUCUUUGAAGGAUCUCUCUCUCUCUCUCUCUCUCUCGCUUUCUUUCGCUCUCUCUCUCUUUCUUUCUCGUUUUCCCUCAUUUUUCCUCGCUCUCUCGUUCUCUCUCGUUCUCUUUGAAGUGAGAGAGAUGAGCCAUGUCACGAGCUCAAGGAAAAUACGAGAGUACAACACCAGUAUGGGGUUUAUGGUAUUUAGUUAUUAAUUUUUUCUGCUCGUCUAUUCGACCAAGAACAAUUACAAGUGAGAAAAGAAUGAUCAGAGAAAACGAAAUUAAUAUGUACUUAUGUAUAAAAAAUAAGAUCGUGAAUCUUAUUUAACGUUGAUUUCGCGUUAAUAAAUAAACGAAUUUAAUCCUUCUUUCCCCUAUGGAAAUUUCCUAAUAACACGAAUAGUUAUUAUUAGCAAAAAUAAAAAAGUUGUAUCGAGUUGAAAUAAGAGAGCGAGCGAUAAAGGUCGAUUGGUUGGACAGUGCUUUUGAUGUCGUGUCGAGAGAAUAAAUAAAUAAAUAAAUAAAUAAAUAAAUGAAUUAAUAAGUAAAUAAAUAAAAAAAAGAGAUAUAAAGAAAAUAAAUGAAACGAAUGAAAAAAGAAAAAAAAAGAAGAAGAAUUAUAAAGUGUAAAAGAAAUUAUCGAUUCCACGUGCGGGGGAGUCGCGAGAUAAGAUUAAAUUUGUUGUUUCUACGGUAAGGCUCUCACUUCCCAAUGGAAUACUGAAAGAGUCUUGUCUUCCAAAAUAGUAUUGUGAAAAGGGGGUGGAUAUUGCGAGGAAGGGCAAAAAAGAAAAAAAAAAGAAAUACCAACAGAAAAGAAAAGAAAAAAAAAAGAAUGAAAGAAAAAGAAACGAGAUCGUUUUGACGUUCGAUAAACGUUCAGUUGUACGAAAUAAAAUAUGCGACAAUGCGCAAAUAAGAUCUUUGUCCUCUAUCAAAAAAAAAAAAAAAAAAAAAAAGAAAAACAAAUAAAUACAAGAACGAAAACUCGGAGGAUGAAUCGAACUUGAGAAUUGUAUCUCUAUUUUCUUUUUUUUUUAUUCUUCUUUCGUACUCGAGAAAGACCAAACUUUUUAAAUCCAUUCCAUUGUGAAAUAGAGCGAAGAAGCGCACUCGUACCUGUAUCUAAUGUCAAACACAAGCAAAAUACUUACAUCGUUACUCCUCGUCACUUCCCAUUUCGAAAAAUGUUUUAUCCAUUUUACAGCUCCCGUCAUCAUUUUUUGACAUUUUUCGAAUUUCACGUUCAUCGUUCAAUCUAAUAAAUAAAAAAAAAAAAAAAAAAAAAAUGACACAUUUUUGGCUUCAUCAUUUGAUGGCUUAUAUAUUUUUUUUAUUUGUUUUUUUUUUGUUGUUUAUUUAUUUAUUCUAUCUUACGUCAUACGCGCACAAACAUGAACAGGGUUUUACGUUCUUGUCGUUACGCGAUGAUAUUAGAGUUGUUUUGAGAAAAUUUUUAAUGGUUUAUUUGAAAAUUUUCCAAUUCAUUUUAAUAUAUAUUCUUUUUAUAUGUAUAUAUAAUAUAUAAUACAUACAAAACAUGCAGAUUACCAACGACGUUAUUGUAAUAAUUAAACAAAAUUUGCACCUUUGGUUUCACUCUCUUUCUCGCUCAAUUGAUCGAUCGACAGAUGUUCGUUUCUUUAUUUUAAAAUUAAAACAUGCCUAUCUAUAGCUGGUUCAAAUAACAAUUUAAUGGUCCAGUGGUCAAUUAAUAUACAUACACAUGUGUAUCGAUGUAUAUAUCUUUUAGUCAUUGUUCUAAAAAUUUCACUUUACUAUCAUUACUGCAUACAUAUCAUUUUCAUUUUUUUUUUUUUAUUAAUUUCUUUUUACUUUAUUUUUACUCCUUUUUUUUUUGUAAUGACAUUCGAACUCUCCCGUGUGCAAACUGCAUAUAUCAUCAAUGUAUAAUGUCAUAAAAACAAAUAAGUUGUUCGAUGAAAAAGCAUAGAACGAUAACGAUAAUAGUUAUAAUAAUGAUAAUAAUAGCGACAGCCACUAUCGUCAUUGUUAUUGUCGUAAAGAUAAAAACGUAAUAACGUUAGACCUCAAAUUAAUUGCAAUUGUCGUUAAAAGUCAUUUUUCUUUUGAAAAAUUCUUAUCCCUUCUCCUCAUCUAUUAUCUGUUCCUGAUCCAGAAAGCCCAUAAAUAUGGGUUUUUAUUUAUGUCUAUAUGUUUCUUAAAGGACACCAGGACAGCAUCAUAAUGUUGAGAUAACAAAGAAUUUAAGGACCACGUAGAUAGUGUUCGUUCUUAUUGACGCGUAAAAAAAAAAAGAAUAAAAGAGCAAAUUGAUCGCAUAGAAAUUUUAUAAAAGAUUUAAGAUUGAUACAAGAGGUAGAAGAAGAAAAAGGAAAAAACAAAGAAAUUGGAAGAAGAAGAAGGAGAAAAAAAGAAAGAAAGAAGAGGUAGUUGAUAAUAAUAAUUCAAAUCUAGUAUGCAAAAGCUGAAAGUUUCAUUGGCAUUUUAUCAAAUAAGAUCGGCCACACUUUUGCCUGCGUAGUUUUUAAAUGAGAAAUUCUUGGACCAUCCUGUACGUGUAUGCGCAUAUACCUGUAUACCUAUAUUUUUCUAUCACGGAUUCGUCUGUGACUAUGUCUACGAUGCUUCAUUGAGUAUUAUCGUCGUUAAUAUCGUCGACUAUUUAUUAUUUUCUAUGUAAUAUUGAUUCAUAGUCAGACGUGCUCUCGGAAAAAAACAUUGAUAGAUUUAAUUUAUAAAACAAAAAAACAAAAAAAUUUAAUUGAAAUUAACAA